GGUCAGUGCUGGAAAUCCCGUGUGAUUCUUGGUCUAUGCAUGCAUUUAGUAAACAGGUUUACAAAAUCGCUUUUUAUUUAUCUAUGUUAUCCGCAAAAGAAGAAGAUUCGAAGUGUUUAUGAAUAUUUUGGUUUGUUUUCGUGUUUUUAAGAGUGGAGUGCGGACUAAUGAAUGUUUCGUUGGUUUAAUUAAUCUUCAAAGAAAAUGAUAAUACGAUGUCUUGUGAUAGUGACUUGGUUAGUGCAUUUAGUGUUAAGUCAAAAACAAUCGCCUUGCCCGGAGAUUUUAAAUUACGAAGAAAGAAAUCGUAAUCAGGAGGAUAGGUGGAACGCAACUUUAAGUCUUUCGACAAAUGAAGAUCUACAAGGAAUAUGGAUUCACGUGAUCCUGGACAGACCAGUAGAAUUAUUAGGAAAUUGGUUUGGAGAAGCAACGUCCUCAGAUAACCAGGAAUUUACCAUACGCAACCCCAAAUACAGGUUGGAAGCUGGUCCGCCAGUUUCAGUGAGGUUUUUCGUAAAAUACAACUCGGCAACUACAGUCCCUAGCGUCGAGGAAAUCCGAUUGAAUGGAAGAACUAUUUGUGGAAAGCAUAGACCAAACACGCCUACAACUACGACUCGUAGAACUACGACAACGCGUAGAAGAUCCACUACAACGGAAGAUUACAGCAAUAGCAACGAUGAUAGGAACCCUUCACUCAUCAACAAUCAAGAGGACUACAAUGAUAGACAAACAACUAGAAGAACCACCACCACUAAUAGAAACGACUAUUAUUAUGACAGAGAGACUAGAAGACCCACCACUAGAGUUACGACUUACAGACCCUCACUUGAGGUGUUCUGGACCGAUCACCCUGCAAACAGCGAAGCCAACGAAAACUUACCAAACAGCAGACCACCCAUUCUGGACGCAGAGCCAACCUGCGGCAAAAUUAAUAGGUUACCUGUGGGUCUCAUUUUUAACGGACAAAACACCUCGCACGGGCAGUGGCCUUGGCACGUAGCCCUGUACUACUCCAGUGGAGUGCAGAACAUGUAUAUUUGCGGAGGGACGCUUGUUUCUCUUAAACACGUGAUCUCGGCUGCUCACUGCGUGACGGUGCAAAAGACCAAGAGGCCCGUCAAUUUGGAUAACUUGAUUUUGUAUCUAGGAAAGUAUAAUCUGAUCAAAUUCGGAUCGGAAGUGCAGGGUGUGGAGCCGCUGGAAAUAAAAAUCCACCCCGACUUCGACCCACAAAGCUUUUACAACGACCUUGCCGUUGUCAUCUUGUCCAAGCAGGCCAAGAUAACCCCGUACGUGAGGCCUUGUUGCUUGUGGAGCGGAACCUCCGAAUUAAACGAUGUUGUAAACAGAGUGGGGACCGUGGUGGGCUGGGGAGCUGACGAAAAUAGAAAAUUAUCAAACACCCUUAUGCAAGCAAAAAUGCCGGUGGUGGCUUACGAUACGUGCAUUUUUUCCAAUCGCGAUUUCUUCGGGCAAUUUCUGUUCGAUAAAAAUUAUUGCGCAGGUUUUAGAAACGGAACAAGCGUUUGCAACGGCGACUCCGGAGGCGGGAUGGUGUUCCCCAAGGAGGGUACCAGAGGCGACAACACCAUUUGGGAGUUGAGAGGUCUAGUCUCCAUCGGGGUACCCCAGCAAAACCAGGCAUUCUGCGAUCCAAAGCAUUACGUUAUUUUCACCGACAUUGCCAAACAUUUGACCUGGAUAAGACGGAUUAUGAACAGAGAUUAAAUAGGGAACACCCAACUAAGUGAACAGAGACUUUACAUUUUUGUUUCGGGUUUUUAAGAAGAUUUGUAAUGUAUGAAAAGCAAAUGUCAAAUAAACAGAAAUUUAACAAAACAA